GUCACGUCCGGUUUAUUAUCUUUUACGAUUGUCGUGAAAACCAGACGGAAACCGACGACCGUCAGUUGUAGUCCCGUCGUCAUCUGUCGCGCAGUUAUCUGGAACUUCAAGACUCGCCGGAUUCCGCGAUCAAUAUUUAUUGCGGACGACUUCUAAAUGCGUGCGGCCGACUCUGACAAUACUAUAUUCGACUCGUUUCUAUCCCAUAUUCAUCUGUACACAAUUCACUCAAGGAAAACCAUGGACCAAACUGAAGCUAUUUCGAAGACUAAAGAAUUUUACGAAGCAAAUAAAAUUGACGCAGAACGUAUUAUUUUUCAAAAAAUUCCCGAACGAUUAGUACAUUUAUAUGAGUUACUUAACAAGCCUGAGUUUUGUAUUCCGAUAAACUACAAAGAAUGUAAAUUCGAUGUCACCACAAUUACUAAACUAGAAAAUAAUGUUAAAAAUUAUGCCGAAGGAGAAACUCCACAUAAUAUUGUUCCAGGACAAAUGAUCAUACCAUCCAAUAAAAAUUCAACUGAAUUAUUUAAAAUUAUUAAAUCUAAUAUCUCACAAUUAAUUGAAGAUAACAGUAUUUUAAGAUUGUGGAUAACAUUAUUAAUACCAAAAAUUGAAGACGGCAACAAUUUCGGAGUAUCCAUUCAAAACACAGUUCUUAAAUUGAUACGUAACAUAGACUCAGCAUCAAAAACUUAUUUGGACAAAUGGUCACGUUAUUGUGCGUAUCGUGGAAAACUUAUUUCUAAGGUAGUGAAGUAUCCAUUUAUAGAAGACUAUCGGGUUGCAAUUGAAGAAUUCGACGAAAAACAACAUUUGGACGUUUCCUUAAUCUUGCGCGAAAUAUAUUUUUUCAAUACAGUAUUAUAUGACGUUAUUAUCAAGAACAUUGAAAAAAUAAAAAAUCCACGGACAUCAAACAUUGACUGUCUAUAUUAAACGCAGUGGAAUCAUACUACAACUUUUGAACUUCAAUUUAUAAAUAACUUAAUUAUAUCGAUCCAUUAAAAUGAUUAGACUUGUAUUGAAAAAAAAAUGUAUCUAUGUUAUAUGUAUUUAAUUGUCAACAUUUAUUAAAAAGCAUUCACUUCUUCACAGUGACGUAAUUAUGAAUUUUUCUUGGUGUGAAGGAGAAAUAACACUUUUUUUAAUAGACAUUUUUAAACUUUAUCAAUUCCCCUCAAAAAACCCUUAAGUUAUAAAUACUAUAAAACAACGGUUCCCAAACUGUGAGGCGCGAGCCGUGUUAUUUUGUCAUAACAAUAAAAAUAUUUGUAUAUUUAAAUACUAUAAA